GGUGGGAUGCCUUAUCCAGGCAUGCACGCUAAUGAAGUAUAUCAAUUAUUGUUGAAUGGAAAACGAAUGGAUCCACCUAUGUAUUGUCCUGAAGAAAUGUAAGACACUAUUUUAUCAUUGUACGUAACCAAACAAAAGAUAGGCAUGCUCAAUUUAUGUGAAAACAUGCAUGUAUGCAAAACCCCCUCGCCUUUGCUAGAACCAAACGCGAUCAUUUUGAAUAUUUUGUUUCUUUGCAUUUUUUAUCAAGAUAAUUAAAAUAUUAUCAGUUGUAAUUACAGAAAAAUUAAUUUCCAAAAAAAUACGGUUCGUAUAUAUGUUAUUAUACGUAAUAUAAGCUUCUCUGUAAAAUUCAACCUAUACAUGGUGUUCCAAAAAAUGUCCCGUCUGUUGUUGGUUAAUUGCUAUAAGUUACAGUAAUUAACCAACAACAGACGCCGGGGGCAUUUUUUACAUGGAACGCGUCGUUAAAACAUUUUCACUGAAUAUUUAAAUAUUUUUAUCGACAAAAUCGUGCUUUAUUGAAACCAUGGGACUGGAAAAUCAUGUAAUUGAAUGCCCUCGUGAAAAUAGAUUCGCAAUUGAAUAGAGAAACGUCGAUAACGUACUUUGAUCUUUAGCUGUUCGAUAUAUCAUGGACGAUUAAUUAUAUGUCAUAUGUUUACAGCUGCAAAGUAAUGUCUAAGUGUUGGAAUGAAUAUCCAAAAGAUCGUCCAAAUUUUGAAAAUUUGAAGGAAAUGCUCUGGGAAAUACUUGGUUGUGAAGAAAUUACUCAGGUAUGUCAGGAAAAAUGUUCGAAGGGAAAUGUUGAGAAAGCUUCGAAUAGAUAAUUAAGGAUGCAACUACCUAAAAAAUGCAAGGAGAUCUAGAACUUCGUUUGGAGCGAAAGUCCUUCGUCGGGAUGUUAAGUAUAGUGACGAAGGGCCUUCUCUUGAAACGUCAAAGUUCUCUUUGUAUGUUUUAGGUAGCUAUUUGCAUCCUUAUCAAUCCAAAGCUUUUUUAAUACUUUUUUAACUACAAAAUUUCAAAUAAUAAAUUUGAAAUUUAAAUUGUUAUAUGAAUAAAUCUCGAUAACAUGCCGUUCUUAAUUUUAAUUUGAAGUGUCUAUAGACAAGGACAAUUGGACGAACAAUUAUAUUUAUAAUUAUAUGUAAUAUAAGUGCAUAGAAAACCUUGCUAUAUUAAUCUAAUCUAAUUGCCGAUUAUAAUUUUUGUCUUUGAAAACUAUACAUUUAGUGAUAUUUUUGACACGCCGUUUUCAUGCGAAAACACGUCGACUUGGUACACGAACCACUCAAAGUGCAAAAUUAAUGAUCAGUAAUUUAGUCAUAAUUGAAAGGGUAUCGAGCCAUUUAAAUGACGCCAAUUCUGGGCGGGUAUAUUAUAGAAUCAAUCGAUUCGGCAAUAAGCGUGUAAUUGCAUCAAAACAAUAUUUAAGCCUGCAUGCAUAGUUUCCAUAUGCAUGGUCGCAACUGUCGCGAACGCGUCGUGAAGGUGAAGUAUUUGUCGUGAAUGGUUUUUAUGCUUAUUUGGAUUUUUGUGGUUGUAACUGUUGUGACACUGUCACAAGUUAACUUCGUACACCCAGGGAUCGUGCAAGCAACUGGCGGCAGUUUUAAAACGACAAACACGGUCUUCCCAAAUGGCAUCCCAAGAUCAAUGGGAAAAUUUUUAUACCAAAAAGAUUCAGAAAAACUGUAAAACGACCCUUUUAUAAUUUCUUGAAUGUCUCUGGCAAAUGUUUUAUUAUGACUUUUUUCUAUUGUUUUUAAUAGGUGUUGCAACAAAACGAAAAGAGUGUGGAUACUUUGAAUUCACCUAAAGAAUCAGAUUCGGUCAAUGGACAAGAUGACUAUUUAAACGGACCAUUCCCGGAAACUGUAGAAAUGGGACCAAUAUAGCACAUUUUUUCUUAUUUGUUAUGGAGUAGGUAGAAAGUUGAUGUAAGGUCUGUGAUAUACAUAUAGAUGAAGCAUGGCCAAAAAUCACGGACAUGAUUAUUCCACUUCCUUACUAAUUUGCAUAUAACCCAUUGAAAUAUGACUUCUGCUGUAACAAUAAAUUAUAUUAUACGAUGCUGUAAAUCCGGC